AUGCCCAGACAGUCGACCGAGAAGCCCAGACAGCUAAGCGAACAGCGUAGACAGCACAGCGAGAAGCCGCCGCCCACACGGAGCGCCAAGCACUUGCUGCAGACAUACGUCACGGCCUACAAGGCGGCCUGUACCCAGGAAAAUUACUUCCUCUACCCCAAGCGUGUCUUCGAGGAUGUCGCUACCGGCCAACAACUCAUGCGCCAGGUCGAGAUCUUGACGCCCUUUCUCUGGUACUGUGAACAAAGUCGCAAAAUUAAGGAACAUGACCUGAUCAAUCUGCGUGCUUGCUGGAUAAGGAUGAAAGACGAAGCGGAUCUUGUUCUGUAA